CGUGGUUUGUGGAAAUACGGAAGUGAAAAUCAGGCCAAAAUUGCUAUUGCUUUCACUUUCCGUUCACUGACAGAAAAUAUAAGUAUUCGGAAACUAAUGAACUUAUUAAUUAUUUUUAAAUACUAGCAUUAAUUAAUUUAAACACAAUAAAUAGUAACAAAAGACGCCGAGAUAUCUGGAUUCACAAGAUCAAAUGAAAUUGCAGUAAAUCCGAGGCGAUGACGCUGUCAGAAGAGUUGGAGGAGGUGAGGAGCCGGGCCGAGGCGAGUUUAUCCAGACCCGGCUCUGUGCAGGACAUCAGGAACAACGUGUCCGCUGUGGCCAACAUCUCACUGCCUCCGUCGGCUAAAUAUCGUUACAUUGCCGCAGAGACCAUGCUGAUAGAAAACAGUGCUGGAAGCAACAAGAAAGAGGCGAUAGCGUCACUGCAGAAACUGUCCACAGCGCUCAACAUCCUGGAGAAGUACGGCUCCAACCUGACCAGCCCCAGCAGACCCAAGUACUGGCGCACGGUGAAACACAACAACCCAGUGUUCAGGGCCACAGUGGACGCUGUUCACGGUGGGCGGGCCGUCCUGUACCUUUACGGCUACACCAAUCAGCAGCCAGACGGACUGAGCUUUCCCGAUGAAAUCACAGAGCCGGACGUUGCCAAAGUGGCUUCGGUGACGCUGGAGGUCAUGAGUCUGCGCGUAGAGCUGGACAUGCUCAUCAAGGACACCCAUCCUCACCCAGAGUUCUUUGAGAGAAUCAUCCCCUCUCUCACUCAGAAGGAUGAUGAUAAUGGACUGAGCUCAGACGCUGUAGUAAUAUCUCCAUCCAGUGAGAGGCCGUGGGAGAAGCUCUCCCUGCCCACGCUGUCUCCGUCUCAGCCCAAAGGACUGCUGUCUCUCUCCUCCAUCACACCCGCCAAGCCAACAGCUGUCUGUGAGGAGAACUGCAGCAUAUGUGGGAUCUUCCCCGUGACCUCCCACUGCACCACAUGCUCCCAGCGUCUGUGUUUAGAGUGCGACCGACUCUACCACUCACACCCAGCUCGCGCCACACACACCAGGAUCCCAGUGGCGACCCCCAGAACCUCCAAAUCUCUCAGUGUGUCUCGGGCCACGUGGCAUUGUUCGUACUGCACGACGGUGAACACAAUGCAGCAGGUGUUGUGUAGUACCUGUGAGCGCCCUCGUCUGGCUGCAGCUGCUCCGGUUGUACAGGAAGAUCCUCCACAGCCGUCUACCAUUACAGAGUGGCAGUGUAAGAGCUGCACAGUGGUGAACUCUGGCAGCAGUAUCCUGUGUGAGGUGUGUGAGCGCCCCCGUCUGGCCACACGCCCUCCUGUGACUCCUUCGCGACCCACGCCAGCUCCUGCAGGACUGUUCGACACCGGGCAGUGGAUCUGUCAGUUCUGUACUUACGCCAACCACACGCCGUCAUCCCGCUGCGAAAUGUGCGACCUGGCGAGAUCAGACCCCGCCCCGUCGCCUUCUAAACCCCUCCCACCCUCCCCGAUUAAGGACUUCGAGCCGAAAAGUCCGCCGGUGGAGGAUCCCGAUUUGAAGAGGCAGAGAUUAAUGCGGGAGGAAGGGCUUAAACUGAUCAAGCUGAUCCGAGAGGGUGAGAUGAAGGGCGUGAGCCCAGAGGAAGUGUACACGAGUCUGCGGGUUUCAGGUGGCAUCAGCGGAACGCCGUGUGAUUGGCUGAAGACGGAGUUGCCGCACAGGCUGGACGAGAUCUGUGCCAUGGCUGCCUCGUUCCAGCACGAGCCUAAACCUCUCCAGACUACAGCUGCGCACCACGCCGAGCCCCAGAAGACCUCCGUGCCUAUAUCCAGAGCCGAGGCCAAGCAGGCCUGGCUCACAGCAGGGGGCGACAGUGAGAAAGCGGCGAGGCAGGCGCUCAGGGACCGCCUCGCUAGAGUGAAGGAGCUAGCCUCUCUUGGCUUCACUGACUCGGCCGCCUCUGAGGAGGCUUUGAGGCAGAGCGGCGGUGAGGUGAGAGGAGCUCUGGUGCUGCUGCAGCGCCCCCUGCUGGAGCCUUUCCACAAGCGCAUGUGGAGUGAUGAGCCCGAACCCACCAUCGACAUAAACCACCCAGACAAACAGCGUGUGUGUCGCAGACUUCUUGCCAUGUACAAUUUGCCCAGUUGGGGGCGCUGUGAGCUAGCCCUGUCUCUGCUGCGUGACCCCGGUGCCCCCUACACGCUGGAGGACGUGGUACAGGCCGUGCGUGAGUCACAUGACCGUGACUUCAUCCGUCGUGUGUUGGCGAAAGAGUGCCCUAUUUGCCUGUCCUUGUUUCCCCACAGCAAGAUGCAGUCUCUGACGUCGUGUCAGUGCUCUGUUUGCUGCGAAUGCUUUAAGCAGCACUUCACCAUCGCCGUGAGAGACAAACACAUCAGGGACAUGGUGUGUCCUGUGUGCUCCGAACCCGACAUCAACGACCCCGAGCACCUCAACAGCUACUUCUCCACUCUGGACAUCCAGCUGAGGGAGUGCCUGGAGCCAGAGGUCUAUGAUCUUUUCCAUAAGAAGCUGACUGAACAGGCUCUCAUCAAGGACCCAAAGUUCCUGUGGUGCAGCCAUUGCUCAUACGGUUUCAUCUAUGACGGAGAUCAGCUCAAGGUCACCUGUCUGCAGUGCCGGAACAGCUUCUGCGCUCAGUGCAAGAAAGCCUGGGAGGCUCAGCAUGCUGGCCUGUCGUGUGAACAGUUCCAGUUGUGGAAGCGUGAGAACGAUCCAGAGUAUCAGCGCCAGGGUUUGGCUGGUUACCUGCGUGACAAUGGGAUCACAUGUCCUAACUGCAGGUUUCAGUAUGCUCUGGCUCGUGGAGGCUGUAUGCACUUCAGCUGCUCUCAGUGUCGCUAUCAGUUCUGCAGCGGCUGCAACAACCCCUUCCACACGAAGUGUGCAGUGCCUCAGUGCAGUGUGACUGGUCUUCAUGCUCAUCACCCCAGAGACUGUCUGUUUUACCUGCGGGACUGGGAACCUGCCAGACUGCAAGCCUUAUUGCAGAAAUGCAGCGUGGCCUUUAACAUUGACGUUUCUCCAGGAACACAGACAGGUGUGUGCGGUGUGAUUGAGCAGAAGGAUGACGGUACUCGUCAGACAGACUCAGCGUGUGGAGCUCAGACUCAGCCCGGCCAGGCGGGACUCUGCGAGAAACACUACCGCGAGUACCUGGUGAGCCUCAUCAACGGCCACUCCAUCGACCCCGCCCCUCUGUUCGAACCGAAUGAGCUGCUCCUGGCCUGCAGGAGAUACCAAGUGGAGCUCAUGCAGGGGGAGGCAGAGGACGACAGGAUAUACUACUCUCGACUACUGAAGAAACUAAUGGAAGACGUUCCUCUGGGCGACAAAGUCCCACGCAAGAAGUGAAGAAUGAUUUUACUCACCCUGAUUUUACUCCGUGUUUUAUCAUUUGCGUACGCACGGCUCUGCAACCGUUCUCACCACAGCAAGGAUGUCAAAGCGUAGCAUGUUUUAAAAAAUGGUUUUAGAUCGGCGAAGAUCACAGAUUUCAGCAUGAUUUCAUUUUGAUUAUGUUAGAUCUCGGACAAUCUCUACUGUGCACUUUGGGUUCAAUAAUCUUUAAGGAUGAAAUUCUAUAAUUUGUCAUUGAUUAAUAAAUGAUGUCAUGCUUUCUAUGCUAAAGGGAUGCUUUCACCCAAAAAAUGCAAAUUCUAUUAAAGCUAUGGCAAAUGUCCAUCUUCCAAACGAGA